GCGGUGGCCGUUGCUCUUAUAGCAGGUAUUCUUUAUGGCGUUACUUUUGUACCAGUAAUCUACAUCCAGGAUCAUCCCGAACAGAACAAUCCCACGGUAAACAACAAGAUCGUUGGUCCGAGCUUGCUGGCUGGGUGUAUGUGGGCGGUCGCGCAGAGUUCCUGGUUUGUCGCGAACGACAAUCUAUCACAAUCUGUCACUUUCCCUAUCAUUAGCAUGGUACCAGGCGUAUGUGCAGCCAUGUGGAGUGUAUUUUAUUUCAAAGAAAUAACAGGUCAUCGCAAUCUACGCAUUCUAUCGAUCGCAAUUUGUACUACUUUAACCGGCGCUGUACUGGUGGGAAUAUCC